UGUAGCGAGUUUGGACGCGUUUGAAAAAUUAUAUUCGCGUGACGUUUUGAAACUUUUUUUUCGCAACGAUGUAAAGUUUUGGUGACUGUUCCUGAGAUGUUGUUCAAAACACAAUAUCCAUAUCCGAAGACAAGUCUAAUAAUCUCACGUACUUUCCCAUUUGUUGUUUUGGUCAACACGAGGAACCCCAAUUUAUAAACUCUGGGAACCACGUUGCUGUGUCUGGUUGUUUUAACACAGAAAUCAUGGAUAGUAAAAGCAGUGAAGCAAGCGAAUUUUCAAGUCCUCUGCUUUCGACAGGCAACGUUGAAUCACAAGGUGAUGGUGGCAGCAAUGAUGACGUUGACCGUGAGGGACAGAGUCAAAGAGGAAACUCUUCUAUCCCAGCAACUCUUAUACUUAGCACCCUUGUUGCUGUUCUUGGUUCUUUCGUUUUUGGGUCUGCUGUGGCAUAUUCAUCCCCUACUCAAUCUAGAAUCAUGGAUGACCUCAAUCUCGGUGUGGCUGAGUUUUCACUUUUCGGUUCAAUAUUGACGAUUGGAGCGAUGAUUGGUGCCGUUGGGAGUGGUAAAAUAGCAGAUUACGCAGGUCGUCGAGUUGCCAUGGGAUUCUCGGAGGUAUUCUGCAUCUUGGGAUGGCUUGCCAUAACAUUCUCAAAGGUUGCUUGGUCGCUCUAUGUUGGAAGACUGUUGGUAGGAUGUGGGAUUGGUCUUCUAUCUUAUGUGGUACCGGUUUAUAUAGCAGAAAUAACACCAAAGAAUCUUCGAGGGGGAUUCACCACAGUUCAUCAGUUUAUGAGUUGUUGUGGGAUGUCAUUAACUUAUCUUAUUGGAGCAUUCUCGAAUUGGCGGAUUUUGGCUCUAGUAGGAACUAUUCCGUGUCUUUUACAGCUUCUGAGUCUUCCCUUCAUCCCUGAUUCUCCUAGGUGGCUGGCAAAGGUUGGUCGCUUGAAAGAGAGUGAUUCUGCUUUACAGCGCCUUAGGGGGAAGAAUGCUGAUGUGUAUCAAGAGGCCACUGAAAUUAGAGAUUAUACAGAAACCCUUCAGCGGCAAAAAGAAGCUAGCAUUAUUGGCUUAUUUCAAUUGAAGUAUUUGAAGUCACUUACUGUUGGAGUUGGCUUGAUGAUACUGCAACAGUUUGGAGGGAUUAAUGGCAUUGUUUUUUAUGCAAAUUCAAUAUUUACCUCUGCUGGGUUUUCGGAUAGUAUUGGAACGAUAGCAAUGGUUGCUGUUAAGUUCCCAAUGACAACUUUGGGAGUACUUUUGAUGGAUAAAUCUGGAAGACGACCACUUUUGCUGGUGUCUGCACUCGGAACAUGCUUAGGAUGCUUCCUCGCGGCCCUAUCAUUCUUCAUGCAGGACUUGCAUAAAUUGAAGGGCGUCAGUCCCAUUCUGGUGCUUGUUGGUGUACUGGUAUACGUAGGAUCUUUCUCGAUAGGCAUGGGACCAAUUCCCUGGAUUAUAAUGUCCGAGAUAUUUCCCAUAAACGUGAAGGGCUCUGCUGGAAGCUUUGUGACCUUGGUUAGCUGGUUGUGUUCUUGGAUUGUUUCAUAUGCUUUUAAUUUCCUCAUGAGUUGGAGUUCCGUAGGAACUUUCAUCGUAUUCUCUAGCAUAUGUGGCCUCACUGUUCUAUUCGUAGCAAAACUAGUACCGGAGACCAAGGGGCGUACACUAGAAGAAAUUCAAGCUUCUUUGAAUCCAUAUUCAACAAAGACCGCAGUAGAAUUCAAUGCAUAAUAAACCCAGUAAGAAUUUUUCGAAAUGGAUUGAUAAAGGUUCCGUGAAACAAGGUUGUUCAUUUUUUAAAAAAAGAAAGAAAGAGGGAAGGCUACGAAUACUCAAGCGUGAAUGAAGAAAAUAGCAAUCAGCAAGUCUAAUGUAGUAGGCUCAUGAUUUACACAUAUUCUUACGAUUAGGUGUUUAUGAAAGGACACAACACAAAUAUUCUCUCAUUCAAUUAUGUAUAUGUUUUUUCCUUCUCACACUCAUCGUAAUACUUAUAAUAAAAAGUCAUUCUACUCAUUUUUUCUCUC